UUUUCAAUAUAUAUUUAUAAGAAUUUCGACGCUUUUUUCCUUCUUUUUGGUUCCGAUGGCCGAACUUCAGACGUACCAGCCGUCGCACCAGCAGCCCGGUUCUCAGCCGCGCUACCAGGUUGUCAAGGCCGCCACCGCAGCCACCGCCGGUGGAUCUCUGCUUGUCCUCUCCGGUCUCAUCCUUGCCGGAACCGUCAUCGCUCUGACCAUUGCGACGCCGCUUCUCGUCAUUUUCAGCCCGGUUCUCGUCCCGGCCGUGAUCACCGUUUCGCUUCUCAUAAUGGGCUUCUUGGCCUCCGGCGGGUUCGGGGUCGCUGGCAUUACUGUCUUUUCAUGGAUCUACAGGUAUGUGACAGGGAAACACCCACCAGGAGCAGACCAACUAGACCUAGCCCGACACAAGCUAGCCAGUAAAGCUAGAGAAAUGAAGGACCGAGCCGAGCAAUUCGGACAGCAACACACUUCUGGCCCUCAGACUUCUUAAAAAAAACAAAGACAAAAGACAAAUGGGUUUGUCUUCCUUUCUUUUGUUUGUGUGUUUUUUGAGUUUGUCGUACGUUAACUUCUAUGUCAAAUGUCUCUUGUAAGGGAUCUUCUCUCUUCCUCUUCCUCUCUCUCUCUGUACGUAUUAUCAUUUUGGUUUUUUU